GCAUCCAACCAUGUCUGAGGCACCGAAAAAAUCAAAGAUCUCUGCAUCGCGCAGGCUGGCCCUCAAGACCAAACUGCUGAAAAUGGCAUUUGUGAUGCUGGAGAAGGAGAAGGAUGAAAAGAAGCUGGAGAGAGAAACUACUUUGAGUGAGAGAGUCCCUCCACUCCAGCUGUCUGGUUUGUCUAUGCAGGACCUUCAGGCUCUCUGCAAAGAACUGCACCAUAAGAUUGAUGUGGUAGAUGAAGAGCGCUACGACGUUCAGGCCAAGGUGGAUAAAAACAACAAGGAGAUUGAAAAUCUGACUCUGAAGAUCUCUGAGCUGAAGGGUAAGAUGAAGCGACCUGCUCUCAAGAGAGUGAAGAUCUCAGCUGACGCCAUGCUGGGAGCUCUGCUGGGCUCUAAGGUCAAAGAGUCUGUGGACUUCAAGGCCAACCUCAAGACUGUGAAGAAAGAGGAGGAGAAGAAGGAGGAGGUGACUGACUGGCGUAAGAACGUGGAAGCCAUGUCUGGUAUGGAGGGUAGGAAGAAGCUGUUUGAUGCCGGACAGUAGAUUUGCAUUUUUGGACAUUAUAAACACGAAUGCUGUUUUACAUUGGAUGAGGCUAGAGAGGAAAAUAGAUUUAAUGUCCCUGCACACAAUUGACAAGCCCACAAGUGUAUGUUUGAGUAUUUGUGUACAGACCUAAUGUUUGC